GUUCUUUGCAACACAGAUAAUAAAUGGGAUUGUGGACACUUCUAGAAGGCUGCCUGCUACUCGCCAAUGCUCUAGCGAUUCUAAACGAAGAUCGGUUUCUUGCUCCUAGAGGAUGGAGCUUCUCAGACUUCUCAGGCGGCAGAACCAAGUCAUUCAGGGGGCAGCUUAUAGGGCUUAUCUAUGCAACACAAUAUUUAAGAGUUCCUCUCAUGAUGCUCAAUGUCAUCUGCAUCUUUGUCAAAUUGGUAUCAGGAUGAUAACUACCGUUAAGGCAGGUAAAUAGCUCGACAGAUAGGGAGAGAGGCGCUGAAAUCGUUCGUUCCUAUUGGGUCGUGUAUGGCAGCUGGUAGAGAUGAAUAAAGGCAGGCCGGUUCAAUGAGACCCAUUCUCUUAAUAGGCAGCAAAGCAUAAUAGGAAAGGGGCCGAGUGAUGAAUGCCUUUUUAGCCUUUUUCUAAAGACUCUAAUGUGAAGCUAUCAUGGCUCGCUACAUACAAGUAUAGCCAUGAAUCCCUUCUUACUUCAUGUUGGCGUUAUCUUCUCUUACGAAAUAUUACAAAUGCAUUAGAUAAAAUGGAGUCAUUUAGAAGUAUUAACAAACCGUUAGAAUAA